AAUAAAAAAGUAGCAUUCCAAUAGAAUAAAAUAAAAAAUUCCCAUCCUUUACCUAAAUUCUUCUAAAUCAACUCUUUAUCUUCCAUUUUAUUCCAAAACAAUCCCAAUUUUCCAAAUCACAGAUUCUGCAUUGAGUGGAAGUUGAAAUCAAAAUAUCAAAUAUUCCUAUUUUGAAGUUGGAACAAAAUCUGUUAUAAAGGGAAUCCUCAAUGGAUGAACCCAACAAAAAUCUCUCGAUUCUCUUCUAUAGAUCAAGUAAUUCAAAGUUUUCAAUCCUUAAACAAUCUUCUCCUUUUCGUUGGGCGCUUCCCUUCUCCGAUCACUUUCCACUCAACAAUUUUGGAAUUGCAUGGCAACUCACAAGGAGAAAGAGCCAGUUUGUGUGACCGGAGCCAAUGGAUUCAUCGGAUCCUGGGUCGUCCGUGUGCUCUUGGAGUCUGGCUACACUACAAUUCAUACCUCCAUCUUCCCCGGCUCCGAUUCUUCCCAUUUGUUAAAUCUCCUGCCCUCUACUAACCCUAAUGCUAAGCUUAGGGUUUUCGAAGCGGAUGUAAUGGACGGUGAGGCGGUGGCCAGAGCUGUGGAAGGCUGCAAGGGAGUGUUUCAUAUCGCAUCCCCCUGUACAUUGGAGGAUCCGGUUGAUCCACAGAAAGAAUUGGUGGAGCCGGCGGUUCAAGGCACCGUGAACGUUCUUAAUGCGGCGAAGAAGUUUGGAGUGAGGCGUGUUGUUCUUACUUCGUCUAUUUCGGCUCUUGUCCCUAAUCCUGGUUGGCCGUCCGAUAUGCCAUUUGAUGAAUCUUCAUGGACGGACCUAGAGUACUGCAAAUCCCGCAAGAAAUGGUAUCCAGUUUCAAAAACAUUGGCAGAGAAAUCAGCAUGGGAGUUUGCAGAGAAUCAUGGACUAGAUGUUGUUUCCAUCUUGCCAGCCACAUGUCUUGGUCCUCUUUUACAACCCACUUUGAAUGCAAGUUGUGCUGUAUUGCAGCAGUUGCUCCAGGGAUCCCAGGAUACUCAGGAAUAUCACUGGUUGGGUGCUGUGCAUGUCAAAGAUGUUGCAAAAGCACAAAUUUUAUUGUUCGAGUCUCCUACUUCUUCUGGUAGAUAUCUUUGCACCAAUGGUAUCUAUCAAUUUUCCGAGUUUGCAGACAAAGUUGCGAAAAUUUGCCCUCAAUUUCCAGUUCACAGAUUUGUUGGAGAAACACAACCCGGGUUGGUUGGCUGCAAAGAUGCAGCGAAGAAGUUAAUUGAUCUGGGAUUUGUUUUCACUCCUCUUGAAGUUGCCAUUGAAGAUACGGUUGAGAGUCUUAGAAGCAAAGGCUUUUUGAAUCAGUAAGUAAUUAUUGAAACUAAUCUGAAUAAUCUUUUUAUUCCUUUUGAAUGCAAAUUGAUGCAACUCUAUCUAUUUUAUGAAUAAGUAGUAGAUCUUGUAGAAUUGCUAUACUUUGAGAUUUGUUUAAAUGUCAAGAAUAUGGUUGGAGGCUUUUAUCUUUCUGCUA